AUGUUGUCGCUCAAGCGCCAGCUCGUUCACUGGCUUGCCGCAGCCAGCCCGACUUUCAUCGCUUUGCUCGUCUUCGUCUUCGGACAGGCUUAUAAGAUCCACCAGCACUCAUACCCUCUGAAUGUCUACUAUACCACAGCGCUCGGAAUCGCAACAGUAUGGCUCGGAAGUAUCGCAAGCACAAUCAACUAUCAUUGUGCAUCAGACCCUAUCGAAGCAAAGACCAAGAAUGAGGCUCUCAUCCAUCUCUUCCUCGGCGUCGUGCUAGUGUCGCAAGCCGAAUGGAUCCGGCUCCUACUACGCAGGAACACGAUGUUCAUCAUCAUAUACUCUACCUGCCUCCUCAACCUACCGUUGGACUCGAAGCGAGAUGCCGGUUCAUCUACGAGGUUGAUACGCCCCGAGAUUCGGUCGUUCUGGGGCUUAUGCUUUCAAGCCAAUGAUACGCAUCUUGCGCGGCUGGUUCAGAUGGUCCUUAUGUCGCCGCUGAGUCUGGUAGUGGACACGCUGGCGUUCUUGAUCUCGGGGUGGGUUCUGCCGAAGGAUGUUUGGCAAAAAAUCAAAGACAUGAACGAGCAUGGAAGUCGAGAACGGAACACGGAAGUUCGAGAGGAUUUCAAGGUUGAGGAAGAGAAGCUUACGAGCCUUGACCGUUCUUCGGUUGAGGCUUUGGUUGAGGUAUCGAGAGAGCCAACGAAGACACCAAUGACGGGGAUAGUAGUUUCAAGUACUAUGAACAACGGCCGUCGGUUGUGA